GCCCGUGGCCGCGCCAGCUCCCGCAGGGGGCUCGUCGCUGGGCGGCCGGGCUAUGGGGGAGGCUGAGGUGGGCGGCGGCGGCGCGGCGGGCGACAAGGGGCCGGGAGAAGCGGCCACCAGCCCUGCCGAGGAGACGGUGGUGUGGAGCCCCGAGGUGGAGGUGUGCCUCUUCCACGCCAUGCUGGGCCACAAGCCCGUCGGUGUGAACCGGCACUUCCACAUGAUCUGUAUCCGAGACAAGUUCAGCCAGAACAUCGGGCGGCAGGUCCCAUCCAAGGUCAUCUGGGACCACCUGAGCACCAUGUAUGACAUGCAGGCACUGCACGAGUCUGAGAUUCUUCCAUUCCCAAAUCCAGAGAGGAACUUCGUCCUUCCAGAAGAAAUCAUUCAAGAAGUCCGAGAAGGAAAAGUGGUCAUUGAGGAGGAUACGAACGAGGAAAUGAAGGAAGACGUGGACCCCCACAAUGUGGCCGAUGAUGUUUUUUCAUCUUCAGGAAGCUUGGGGAAAGCAACAGAAAAGUCCAGCAAAGACAAAGACAAGAGCAACUCAGACUUGGGGUCCAAAGAGGGGCCGGACAAGCGGAAGCGCAGCCGGGUCACCGACAAAGUCCUGACCGCCAACAGCAACCCCUCCAGCCCCAGCGCGGCCAAGCGGCGCCGGACGUAGACGCUCACAGCAGGCGGGCACCGUGGUCACCAGGCGGUCGGGUCAAAUGCCACUGGGCCUGCUGCCUGCCCUCAGGUGCCAGAGGCUCCCGCGGUGCCACUCAGAUCGCCUGGGCUCAGAUGGCCCCUGACGACCGGAACAGGACCCGUUCAGAUGCUGAGACCCGAGAGGUGUGAGCCCAGGCCACGAUCACGCUGGACACUCGUGGCUUCGUGACGACGGCUGAGCUGCACCUGUGGCUAAGCAUUGGCACGGGCCUGCAAACCAGGCUGCGUGGGCAGAGAGCGGGGCACAGCCAGCAAUAACACACCGACCCCCUCUGUGCUCUGAGGAGCCCUGGUCUUCCCGUUUGUCCAUCUGUCCAUCUGUCUACCGCUGUCAACUGACCGCGGCCUCAGGAGAGCGUCAGGCCGCGGGCACCGGCCCCUCCACCACCCGAGAGACUGAGAACUGGGUGUUUUGCCUCACUCACUUGUACUGUAACAAUGUAUAUAAUUUGGUUGAUGUUUCACUAUUUAAUUUUUAAGGAGCCUAUUUUACUAGUGUUUUAUAUGAAAAAAAAUACUGCAGAAGUUAAACCUGUGUUGUAUUUUUUCUGAGAUGUUUUGUUUUAAGGUAACAGACUACUGAGAUAAUUUUUGCUCAGUUUUUAUAUGCCGACACAGAGAAUUUGUAGCGGUUAUUUUUGUAUUCUCAAGUAACUUGCAACAGACCAAAUGAGCAUGUGGAGGGAGGCAGGACGUGGGGCUGACCCGCCGCAGCCUGGGCCCCGGGCUGGCCGAGGUACGCUUGUGUUUGACUGAGGGACAUUAAAACACAAAAAAGCAACCUGGAGUUGUGUGGUUUUGAUACCAAAGUAAGUUAACUUCUACAAUAGGAAGUUGUAUUUUUGCAAGAUUUAUAACUGAAGCUAACUUUGAUGUACUGGAUCACUUGAUACAAUGAAUAUACAACCUAGUAACAAUGGGUUCCAGUGGCUACUUCGUUGCAUGUAAGCAACCCUUCAAAUGCAAAAUGUCAGGAGAGCAAACCAGCGGGAACUGGUGCCUCCUUCCGAAGAACAAACGAACGUGAAGGCGAGAAUUCUGGCUGAGCUCGUGUUGAAAGGCACAGCCGGGCCUCCCGAGUGACGGCGAAGGCGCUCGCCCUCAUCUGGACAAACCACGAGGACACUGAAUGCCACCCGUCCCCCAGCACCAGGAGCACGAGGUCAGAACAGGCUGAGCCCACGAGGCCAGGCCAGGAGCUCCAUGGGCUGAGGCCACCUGGCGCGGGGUCGGAGGCCGGCACUCGCUUCCCCGGCAGGGCUGACGUUGUCCGGCAGUGUCUUGUGUCAGGUUGAGCGUCUUGGGUCGGGUCUGCCAACCCUGAGCAGCCCUGGCCUUCCAGCCCGACUUUCCUGUGUGGGCAACUGGGGCAGAAGCUUGCACCCCACGGUCAGACCUGCUGCAUGGGGGGCCCCCGUGGGGUAAGGCUCCAGCAGAAGAUCACAGCCUCGGCGGUAACCUCCUGCCACGGGUCGCGGGGGGGUGGAUCUAGACGGAGCCCAGGUGCAGUUGGGUGUGAAUGGCACUUGUAAAGUGGAAGCUGGGCAGCAUCUGAGAACAAGCCUUGUGCGUGGCCGCAGGCAGCCGUGGGAAGGCUGUGCUCUGAGCGCCGCAGGCUGGGGCCAUGGCCCUGUCUCCGCUGCAUGCUUGUCUGUUCUCUGGGGCAGAGCGGGGGAGCCUGCCCACCCACGUGCUCUCAGAGCUGCCCAACCCUGGAGGGCACCCCAGCACCCAUCAGUGCCUCAUCAGAGGCUGGAAGUCACAGCCAGGGCCUCCGAGGCCAGCUGCAAGUCAGCUAAGGUGAAGGCCAGGCCCGUGGCCGCAGCCUGCGGUGGGCCAGCCCCACCCGAUGCCUGGCAGCUCUCCUGUCACCUGCUCCUCGGGACACCUGCCCAGGCCAUCGGUGGCAGACUAUUUGCAGAAAUGCCCAGAGCUCCAUACCUUUGGCGGAGUCACCACUGUCCUUCUAGAAAGUCGUCCAGGCAAGAUGGUUCCCAGAGAGGUAACAGGUUGGUGAGCCUGCAAGGAAUUGGCACCAGCACCAAAAAAGGUCUUUAGCUGUGCCUGUGGCCAAGAUUG